AUGACUCCCCCGAAGAUGCUGCUCCUGGUCAUGCUCCUCCUGGGGGCUUCUCUGCAGGUCACGCACGCAGCGCGAGGGACCAAUGUGGGCUGGGAGUGCUGCCUCAAGUACUUCAAAGGAGCCGUUCCUCUCAAAAGGCUGAAAACGUGGUACAAGACCCCAGGGGAGUGUCCCAAGGAAGCCAUCGUGCUUGUAACUGUCCACGACAAGUCCAUCUGUUCAGACCCCAAGGACACGAAGGUGAAGAAGGCAGUCAGAUAUUUAGAAAGCAUGCGGGACCCUGGGCUCCAAAAAUCCUGA